CCCAAGGUCACUUUCACUCUGAGGUCACAGAAUCCUUCAUCUCCACCCACCAGCCCCAGCCCCCCCAUUCCCCGACAAAUUCCAAACCAGUCGAGGUACUUCCGUACUUCUGCGUGUCCCAGGCCAGUCACUGCGCGUUAGUCACUCGCGGGUAUCCGUACCUCCUUCCUCCAACUCCAAAGUCACGGCUUGUCCGUCUUCAAAUGCAGCUUUGGUCAUAACCCAGCCAUCUCUGCCCACCAUGCAUCAGUGGACGAUUGCGCCCGUGCCGGAGUACAUUUACAACUCCACCAGCCACUCCAAUGACCUCCAGUGAGUACCUGGUCUCCUUGUAUCUUUUUCGUAUCCCGGCCACCGCUGCAGCUCGCUGGGCUGGUACCAACCUCUCCUUCUUCCCCCGCCCCUUUUAUGUACCCGAUGUACUCCUUCCCCAGGCUUUGUCCUGCAAACAUGGGAGCCCAGGGAGAUCGACCACGUGUGAAGCAGCCAGGAGCAAAAAACGUUCGGAUAAGCAAAACAUACCAUCUUCUGAGCCGCCCGCACACCCUUCAACACCCUCGAACCGCCCUCCUGCAGUCGUGGUCCGUCACCUGGUGCUCUGCGCCCAGGCGGCCUUCGACACCGCUUGCUGUCCGUCUGUAAUGAAGCAGCAGCGGACGGCCAACGAAGCGCAACCAUGGCGUCCCCUACAGACGACGUCGGGACCGUCGUUGCAACACCAGCCACCAUCGCAACAUCAUCAGCAGCCGCCCACAAAUACAUUCGCUAACAAUGCCGCUUGGUACAGUCAGCCGGCCUACGCUGCUCAGCAGCCCGACAUGACGCGGCGUGACCAGGCCGUGGAUUACCGAGCCUACCCCACGCAGCCGCCGCAGACGUCGUCGCAGCAGCAGCAGCAGCAACAGCAGCACUCGCAUCAGCAACAGCAUGCGCAGCAUGCGCAGCACCACGCGGCCCCAUCCGUGCAGCAGCCGCAGCCGGCCCAGCCGGCCCAGCAGCAGCAGCCGCAGCAGCAGCAACCCCAGGCUCAACCGCCCCAACAGGCGACCCCGACGCCGGCCCCGGCGUCGAGCGGGCGACGGAAACGUCCAGCCCCGGGCGCCCAUCCGCCGGCCAGUGCUCCGCAGCACGCUCCGCAACACGGCGCACCUGCUGCUCAUGCUGCCCAGCAUGCUCCUCACCAUGCAGCUCCGCAUGGCGCCCAGCAUCCGCCUCCGCAUCCGCAGCAGCACGCGUCUCAGCACAUACAGGCACCCGCAUCUACCCAACAACAGCAACAACAACAGCCAUCGCAAGCUGCGCAGCCUGGUUCGAUUGGUCCUCAUCAAGUGCCGCAGCCCCCGGGCCAGCCGUCGCAAGCGCAGGCACAUCAGCAUCAGCAGCAGCACCAGCAGCAUGGCCAGCAUCCGCCGCAGCAACAGGCGCAGCCGCAGCCCGUGCCGGGCCCCGCUCCCGCUUCCACCCCCUCGAAGCCGGCUGCUGCCCCGGCACAACAAGCCCCAGUUGACGACGCUACUCCUGCGUCGGCGCCGCCGCCCAAGAAAAGCCGGACCAAUACCCCCUGGACACCGGCCGAGGAGCACCGGCUGAAGCAGAUGCGUGAUGCCGGAAACAGCUGGGCCGAGAUUGCCAAGACGUUCCCAACCCGAACAGAGGGCAGCGUCAAGAAGCAUUGGUAUAAGGACAUGCACUAUGCCGAGUUUGCUGAGGAUGAGAAAGCCGCACUGUUUUCGGCCAUUAAGGAGUACGAGAACAACAAAUGGAAGGCGAUUGGGCAGAAGGUGGGCAAGCCUGCUAAGGCGUGCGAGCAAUUUGCGAAGGAGCACUUCCCCGACCUGUUUCCCCCGCAAAAGGGAAGAUGAGCUCGGGCGCCCUCCACGCCGCCACCUGCGAUGCACCCACCCUCUCUUGUACCUUUUCCGGACCCUUGUAGCCUUUGCGGUGCGUCGGGUCAACGGCCUCCGAGUCUAUACUGUGAUGAAGCCCAGACGGCGGUACUCAGAGUCGCCUCAGCUUUCCUGGCUUUGUUGACAGACCAGGUGACAGUUGUUUUCGUUCAGUCUGGUUCAGUGGGUCCGUCUACCCGUUCGCGAGGCCUUUCGGACGGAAACAAAACUCGACAACUCGUGUCUUUUGUCAAAGUUGAUAUUUAGUCAGUCCAGAUUGUGGCUUUCCGUCAGUCGUCGGCUCUGAUUCUCCCUGUUGAACUUUGCUGUUCUGGGC